AUGGACGCUUACUCGAUAUGCCGCACCAGUGCAUCUGCUCGCACUUCGUCCAGAAUCUAUCAAGACCUCAGGGCAGCCCUAUUCUCUGGAUGCCCUGCUCGUGACGGCACAGCCGAGACCCCGGAAACCGCGCCGGAAACCGCGCCGGAAACCACGCCAAUGCAAUCAACUACCCCCAAGCGUACUCGUCCGAUUACGUCGAAUCCUCACGUCGGCAUCAUUGGUGCGGGCCUAUCCGGGCUCCGGUGCGCCGACAUUCUGCUUCAAGGUGGAUUCGACGUGACCAUUAUAGAGGCCAGGGAUCGCAUUGGCGGAAGGGUUCACCAGCAACAGCUUUCCAAUGGCCGAAGCGUCGAUCUCGGUCCCAACUGGAUUCACGGAACGCGCGAUAACCCUAUCCUUGAGCUGGCCAGGCAAACAGACACCGCCGCCGGAAGCUGGGACACAAACACCUGCAUCUUCACCUCGGACGGCGAUUUGCUGCCUCUCGGCCAAGGUGAAAUGUACAGCAGCAUGAUGUGGGAAAUCAUGCAGCAGGCUUUCGAGCACUCCAACAACUUUGGCGCCGACACGCCUGCGGAAAAGAGCCUCUUCGAUUUCUUUUGCGAAAAGGUGCCAGUCAUGAUUCCUGACACGGACCCGGAUUGUGAAAGGAAGCGAGGCAUUCUGCUCAAGAUGGCCGAGGGCUGGGGGGCGUUUAUUGGCGCCUCGAUUUCCCGCCAGAGCCUCAAGUAUUUCUGGUUGGAGGAGUGCAUAGAAGGGGAAAACUUGUUCUGUGCCGGCACAUACAAGAGGAUCCUCAGCCAUAUCGCAGCUCCGGCCCUGAAAAGAGCAGUCUUGAGGCUCAGCUCCAGUGCUAAGAGCAUUCAUUAUCAAAUGGCAAGGGGAGGAAAGGUAGAAGUCGAGCUUGAUAGCCAAGAGCGUCUCGCCUUUGAUGAAAUCGUCGUCACGACGCCUCUUGGCUGGCUGCAGAGGAAUCCGGAUGCUUUCAACCCGCCUCUCCCGCCACGGCUGACCAAGGCGAUCCGUUCGAUAGGCUACGGCUGCCUUGAAAAGGUCUACGUCAGCUUCCCUUCAGCGUUCUGGCUCGAUGACAGCCGAGGCCGCAAAGUCAACGGCUUCAUACAAUGGCUCGCCCCGGAGUACGCCUCGAGCACCAACCCGUCCGGGUGGCAUCAGGAGGCAAUAGAUCUCGCCAGCCUGGACACAAGCGAAGCCCACCCGACGCUUUUAUUCUACAUGUUUGGCGAGCAGUCCCAGCACGUGGUGUCGAAGCUGCGCACGCUGGCGACGCCGGAGGACAAGACGGCUUUCCUGCGGGCCUCUUUCCACCCGUACUACUCCCGCCUGCCAAACUAUCGCGAGGAGUCGCGCCAGUGCCAGCCGCUCGGGUUCCUGGCGACGGAGUGGUCGAGCGACGAGUUUGCCGGGUUCGGCAGCUACUGCAACUUCCCCGUGGGGCUGGACAAGGGCGACGAGGACGUUGAGGUGAUGCGCGAGGGGCUGCCGGACCAGGGGAUCUGGUUUGCGGGCGAGCACACGGCGCCGUUUGUGGCGCUGGGCACCGCGACGGGGGCGUACUGGAGCGGAGAGAUGGUCGGCAAGCGCAUCCGCGAGGCGUACUCGCGAUCGAGGGCCGUGGCGUAG